AAGUAAGAACUUAAUUCUUCCUUUCUCUUUACUCCACAGAGUCACUAAACAACACACUCUCCUUUCUAUCUUCCUCUUCCUCUCCCUCUCUCUAAAUCAUUAAUGAAGAUGAAGAAGCUUCUUUUAUUAUUAUAGCAAAUAAACUCCUUUCUCUUUCUUAGGGUUUAUCCAUUUCAUCAACAGCGACAAGAAUCAAUGAAAUGAAAACCAGAAGAAGGAAAAGAAGAACCCUUAAUUUCAUUUGAAGGACGUUUAUCGAUCUGUCCCCAAUUAUCAAUUCUUUGGCGAGUCUUUCAUUUUUUUCAUUUCUUUUGAAAUGGUUAUUUUUUUUUUUGAUAAUUUGUUGUUAAUUUUGGUCUAAUUGGGUGUCAGAAAAGCAGGGCUUUUUUUUAGGAUCGAUUAGUGAGAAAUGAUUCGUUCAAUCUCAUUUUGAUGGAGAAGAAACUAAUUGGGUUGUGACAAAAAAAAGGUUGGAUUAGUGUAAUAUAAUGGAGGAUCCAAGUGGGUUUGGAUUUGGGUCUGAAGUAGAGAUUGUGAAUGAAGAGAGAUUGGAGGAAGACUAUGAAGAUGAAGAAGAAUUCUGUAGCUGUUGUGCAGAGGAAGAAGAAGAAGAAGAAGAAUGGACAACUAAGGAGGAGGAGGAGGAGGAGGAGGAGAAAGAAUCUGUGGUAUUAGACAGUGAGGGUUUGAAAGAUGAUGAUGAAUUUUCUUUGAAAAUGUACUUCAAAGGGGUCUCUAUCUCUGAGGCAGGUGAUUUGGGGUCUGGGUUUUCAGGAAUUGGUGUUGUAAUGGAAAGAUCUCCUCAUUUUUCUGUUAUUCGAGUUCAGAAAAAGCUCGAUUUUUAUGUAGACGAACCAGUGGCUCACUAUUUGGCUUUGAUGGAUGGUCUGGUGGAGGCAUUGCAGAACAAGAUUCGUCGUGUUGCUGCUUUUACAGAUUCCGAGAUUCUUUACAAUCAAAUUGUUCGCGAGGAAAGACUUGAGAAUCCACUUCUGACCGCGCUCAAGGAUAGGAUUUUAGAACUUUGCGAAAAUUUGGAAUUUUUCUCUCUGAAACUUGGGACUGCUUUUGAGCUCGAGAGGCCGCUGCAGAUAGCGCAGGUAGCAAUUGGAAUUGUCUCCUCCUCUGCUAGUGAAGAUGGAUUAACCGAAGAUUGUCCUAUCUGUUGUGAAGAAAAGCCACCAUCUAUGAUGAUUACAAUGAAAUGCUCACAUAAAUUUUGUUCUCAAUGUAUGAGAAAAUACGUGGAGGGAAAACUACAAGCGUCUCAAGUACCCAUAAGAUGUCCUCAGUUGAGAUGUAAGCAUUACAUUUCAGCCAGUGAGUGCAAAUCCUUUCUUCCAGUCAUUUGCUACGAGUCAUUAGAAAGAGCUCUUAUAGAAGCCAAUAUUCUUUACUCGGACAAAAUGUACUGCCCUUUUCCAAACUGUUCGGUGCUGCUUAAUCCUCUUGAGUGUCUCUCAUCGACAAGAGCAAGCAGUUCAUCAAGUCACGCUAGUAUCAGCUGUACAGAGUGUCCUGACUGCAAGAGAUAUAUCUGUGUCGAUUGUGGAGUGCCAUGGCAUUCUUCAAUGAGCUGUGAAGAGUUCCAAAGUCUACCUGUAGAAGAAAGGGAUGCUGGGGAUCUCACUCUGCAUCGCCUAGCACAAAAUAACAACUGGAGACGUUGUCAACAAUGUCGCAGGAUGAUUGAGCUCACACAAGGUUGCUACCAUAUGACCUGCUGGUGUGGGCAUGAGUUCUGUUAUUCAUGUGGUGCUGAGUACAGAGAUGGGUUGCAGAGCUGUCAAUGUGCCUUUUGGGAUGACGAGAGUUUUGAGAUUCACAACACCCAGCAUCCCCAUGUCACCACCACCACCCACUCUGACCAGCAUCAUUUGGAACAGUGGGGAUGGGAUUCUUCUUUUGAUUCUCUUCCCAGUGUUACGAACGAUGCCUACUCUGAUCAGGAACGGUCUCAAUUGGCACUGAUCCAGAGGUUUCUUGCUGGAGGUUUUAGUCUAAGUGAUCAUCAGCCAUACCGAUCUCCACCACGAUGUUCAGACUCCUAUGUUGAUACCAUUAAGGAUCUCCGUCAGCUUCCGUGGCUUGAAAGAUUUGUCUCUGUUAUUAGUGAUAACUACUAUGAAGAAUACACACAGUGAAUCAAUGCAUCAAGUAGUGAACUAGCUUAUGGACACAAGCAUUCCCAUUGUGGCGAUGGUGAUUUUGAAGAUAAAGUCCUCUUGUAUGGAGGUAAGGGCACAUCUCCAUUACUUUCUACAUGGCUGUUAGAGUUGUACAUUGAAUUUAAACCUUUCAACUUAUAUCAGGACAUGUUCUAGGAAAAGUAUCAACCCAGUUGAAAUCUCUGUAGGUGGAAGUCUGAUACAUUUCCUUUGAAGAAAAGAAUUUUUCGUGUAAGAUGAAAUUAUUGCUUUCUUCUUGAAAGAAAAUGUUUAUGCAUUCACAAAGGAAACAGUCUGGAUGAUAUAAAUAUAGUUUUCAUUUAGAA